UAUCUUUAUUUAUAAAAGCCAUAUGAAGUGCAAAGUUUUUGUUUAAUAUAAAAAAAGACUGAUUUUAACAAAUAAUACAAAGGAGAACAGAAUAAUUAAUACUUCAUAUUGGCACAGACAAAUAUUUCAGGGUAUCAGUGUUGUACGUAUCUGGUCUUUUGGCUGCUGUUGCAGGAGAUUGCUGUAUUACUGCUGAUCAGAUGGUGUUGGGAUUACGAAGGAUUUAACUCAAGUGGAACAGAUUUCUCUACUAGCCAUGUCUCUGUAUUCUUCUCUGCCUCAUAAUAUCAGUCAGAAUCUGACUAAUUUCACUGGACCUCUUUUCAUCAGCAAUAAAACUCGAGACCGUGGCAAUGGACGUAACAAUAUUUCAGCUAAUGAGAUGGUGUCCAGCUUACCUUUCCAGAUGACACUGUAUUUCAAUGUCUUCUUCUUUCCAUUCUGGUGGACAUCAGAAGUGACCAUGCUUCAACUUAAGUAUAGCCUAUUACCAGAAUACUACCAGUGGCUGCUUUUGAUGGCUGUGAUAAUUCUCGCAUUAAUUGAAUGUGUCCGACUUGUUCUGGGCUACGUGGGAAACUUGCAGGAAAAGCUGCCAGAGUUGGCUGGAUUUUGGUUGCUAUCCUUUACAAUACAGCUACCUAUUAUUCUCUUCCUCCUCACUGAUCAGUCUGUCAUCAUUUUACCCCUGGAGCAGACUGUUCAUAUCCUCUACUUCACUUUCCUGAUUUUUGAAUUGGUUGUGGGAUUCCAGGCCCUAAGACAAAUGACGAACCACUUUGCUACGCGCUUCUACCUCCAGCAGUUUCAAAAGCCAGAACAUUCACAACAGUGCAAAAGGAAACAAGGAACAGGUAUUCGACAUGGGAGGAACUCUGAUUCCAAUGUUUAAUGAAGCAAGGACUUCUGUGUGUACCGAAGCUCCUAACCAUGUUAAUGCAUGCAAGUCGCACCAUUAUUUCUGUGAACUUAUCCCAUUGGAAAUGCUAAGACCUCUGUUCUGUUGUUGUGAGGUGACAGCUGUAUUAAAGAAUUGAUGUUUGCUUCAGCAAAAUUCUGUCAUUGAGUAGGACUAGGAACGCUUCAAAUAUCUAUGUGUUCUACCUACAGGAAACUGACACAAUACCUUUAUUUUAAAUAAUGUCAAUCCUUGUGAAAAUUGAGUUGCUUGUGUUGUUUGUGUAUGGCUGU